AUGCCGAGCAAGAUGAAGAAAGACGCUGCGGCCAGCGCACCAAAGCCCUCGCCUCAGGUAUUGAGAUUGGUAGAGGAAUUCCUUUCCCGGAAUGGCCUACAAUCGACACACAAAGCUUUUACCAAGGAGCUUGCGAAACUGCGCCAGAAAUCCGGCUGGCCUGCGCCAGAGGAGACGACAAGCGAAGUGCGACUCGAAGCGGUUGUGGAAGAGUUCCUGAAGAAGGAGGUUGAGCAGGUUACUACAACUUCCUCGGACGAAUCGGAAGCCAGCAGUGCGAGCAGCAGCACAAGCAGCAGUGAUGAUAGUAGCAGCGACGAGGAAUCCGAGGAGGAGGUUAGCGAGAAGGAACCGGCCAAGGUGAAGAAAGGCAAGGCUUCGAAGCGGUCUGUCUCGCCGUCUUCCUCUUCGUCUUCCUCUUCGUCUUCGUCUUCCUCUUCUGACAGCGAUGCCGACGAUGAAGACGAGGCGACCAGCACCACCCGUGCCAAAGCUCCUGCGGCUCAGAAACCCUCCGCAUCUGCCAAGAAGCCUUCCACCCCCGUCAAGGCGGGUAUGAAGAGAAAGGCCGAGUCCAGCUCCUCUGAAUCUGAAUCGUCUUCUUCGGAGUCCGAGGAGGAGCCACCGACAAAGCGGGUCAAGGUUGACGAAUCUGACUCAUCGCAAAGCUCCUCGAGUGAAGACGACUCGUCUGAUUCGGACAAUGAUAGCGAGGAUAAGAAACUGCCGGCGUCCACCAAAACGAAGGUCACAAAGGCGGCAGAUGACGUCAAACCUCUCAAUAAGAAGACCCAACAGGUUGCUGCAGCUGAUACACCGUCAGAGUCUUCGGGGACCGUGGUCGGGGACAAUGAUGGAUCUGGAGAAACAUCACAUGCAGAAGGUCUAAUGCACUCAGAACGCAGUCGUCUGAUCAACAACAGCAACAGCAAAACUCCUCCGGGCAGCUUGAAAAAGAAGCAUGUCGGUGCUAAGCCGACACCGUUGGCUCAACUCUCGGAACAGGCCAACGGCGAACAGUAUCUCAGCAACGCUUACCAGAGCUACGACUAUGCGGAGAAGGCGUACAGAGAUCUUUCCGUCACACGAGGCAAGGGCUUCGCCAAGGAGAAGAACAAGAAGAAGCGUGGCAGCUACCGAGGAGGCCCCAUCGAUAUUAGUGGAGGCAAGUCCUUCAAGUUUGAGGAUUAA